UGAAGCCUGAAUUCGAGUAGGCUGGCCAGCCCCAGGAAGAAGGCUGGCAGUCAGAGUGGCCACUCCAGUUCUCUGCAGCAGACCCUCUUCUUCCCAGGCCAGACAGCUCAGCCGUGGCCAGGUAGAAUGUGGAUUCCUUUUGGUGGUCACACCCCGCCCCCCGCCCCCUAUAUCCAGAACGAGAACAUUGAGGCGCUCCAGAGGAUGAUCAGGGCUUUGCUGGAGGAGGCCCCCUCUGUCUGGAACUGAAUCAGCAUCUUGAAGGCUGCGAAGAGUCUGCCAUUGCUGCAGGCGGCUGUUUAAGACCUCCCCCACCAGUGACUCCGCCAAGGGCAAGCCCCCCAGAGGGAGGUUCUUUAAACGGAAACACCGCGUUGAGCCUACUCCAGCACCACCUCCAACUCCCACAGGGGGCUCCCCGGCAGUAUCCAGAGUCACCAUCGAUGAGGAGGUGCCCCAGGUUGGGACUGGGGCUGACUCUUUGGGGAAGGUUGCGAAGAGUCUGCAGAUGCUGCAGAAAGUUCUUUAAGACCUCCCCCAGCAGUGACUCCGAAAAGGGCAAGCCCCCCAGAGGGAGGUUCUGGCCACGAAGCAAGCGGGUUGAGCCGACUCCAGCGCCACCUCCAACUCCCUCACGGGGCACCCCGGCAGUCUCGGGAGUCACCAUCGGUUUGACAACUAUCCAGGAGGAAGUGGACAGAGCUGAGGAAAUUAUGGAGGAUGUCAAAAAGCAUCCAGACCCUGGGUUCCUGCUGCGGUUAAGCCUGGACGCCGUCACGGAACUCACCAAAAUGAAGCCGCCUAUGCCCUUCAAUCUCAAGGCAGCAGUCCUCAAUGUGGCGGUGUCUGGGCUGAACCAAGUGGACCCAGGGACCCAGGAGAACAUGGCAUCCUUUAAGAAGAUGCUCAGGGGGCUGCUGGAGGAGGCCCCCUCUGUCUACAGCACCAUUGGCAUCUUGAAGGAGCUCCACAGGUAUAUUGAAUCAGAGGAGCCCCGGCUGCAGGCUCUGGGCCGAGAAGCCUACGUCUACGUCCUGCAGCAUGUGGCCAGACUGCCCAAUGUGGAACUGACCACACACAAGGCUCUCUUGCGCAUUGAAGAUGACUUGACUCAUCAUUUGAUUGAAAGCACCUUCAAAGAUGAUCUUGUCCUGGAGGACUUCAAUGAGGAGGAGGAGUCUGCUAAUUGUAUGAGUAUCAGAAUGGAGCGGGUGGGAGUGGUUGAAUAGCCAUUUGAGCCGGAGACUCAAUCUUUUGUCUUUUUGUUUGGUUUUCUAGGCUGAGAGAGAACAACUACUCCAACAAUAAUAGAACUUGGUUACCCAGUGGCAGUAGAUUCAGGACAGACUGCUUUGCACAAUGCAUCUUUAUGUUGCGGGAUUCCCUUCGAGAUGUCGGGAGUGCCACCGGCUUCGCUUAAGAAUUACGCCAAUUAAUAGAAGAUAGGUCUGUCGAUAGACAGGUGAGCUCUGGGGAGCCCGGUGAAGGAUUGCAGGUAUCCCUCUGAGGGAAUGGAUGCUGAGGAAAAAUAGAAGAAAGAACAGGGAAAGGCGGAGAGGACUUGCCCCAGCUUGUGGCCCAUUUUAUCCUCCGAUGCCAAUCUCUGGAAAAAAGAUACUUUCCCCCUGCUUAGUUGCCUAUGUGCCGUGAGCGUCUGGAGUUGCUUCUUGUGAAUGGGUUGGUUGGUGGGUUGGGUAUUUUUCGAUCUCCCCUUUAUGAUACUAGUUGGAAAGAAAGUCACUUCUGCUGUAUUAGAUUGACUGGCCUGGAUCAUGUGACGUUCUUUCUUUCUUUCUUUCAUGACAGGCUAGAACUACUGAUGGAUGGGCUAACAGUCCAAAUUCCAAAACAGCCAUCCCAGUUCCUAGAGGAAAGGUCUCUCUCUCUCUCUCUCUCUCAUUUUAUUGAAUGUAAGUACAAAUAGCUGGCUCUUUCUUUCAGGUUUGAGGUCAUUCAGUAAUAAGUCUUCCCCAAUGCAAACUCUUUUGAGGGUUACAAUUUUAUGUUUUGUUUCCCCCCAGUGUUAUAGUAGUGUUGCUUGUCAAAGUGAAAGUGGCUCUCAUAUGGAAACCCUGACACCUUCCGUGCACACGUAAGAACAGGAUCACUGGUUCGUGUUCCCAUAUGGAAGUGUACACAAACAUUGAAUGCAGCUCUAAACCAGCCAGGAUCCACCAAGCCAAGUGUCAUCAUAUACGUUGGCCCACCUGGCCGCAAUGAACCUCCUGUCUUGGCUGCUGUCUUUGACUCAGCAGAUCCCCAUUUCUGUCAUCCUGAUUCCAUCCCUUCGGUCUUGUGUUCCAGACAGCAAUCGUGUGUAGGAUCUGUAAAGCUUUUGCUCAAAUUCCAAGCACAGUGGAAUUUGAGUGGAAUAAUCUCACCUUACAGACACCCUUCAGGUUACUCCUGAAAUGGGAAACAUGUUCUUUGGCUCUAAUUUCGUUUUCUGACAUUAGAAACCAGAUAGAUCCAAUUUGGAAGUAUUUAUUUUUUAUAAUUUAUUCUAUUUCUAUACCGCCCUUCCAAAAAUGGCUCAGGGAGGUUUAAACAGAGAAAUAAUAAAUCAAUAAGAUGGAUCCCUGUCCCCAAAGGGCUCGCAAUCUAGGAAGAAACAUAAGACAGACACCAGCAACUGUCACUGGAGAUACUGUGCUGGGGGUGGAUAGGGCCAGUUACUCUCCCCCGCUAAAUAAAGAGAACCACCAAGUUAAAGGUACCUCUUUGCCAAGUUAGCAGGAGAAGCUAUAUUACUUCUAAUGUGAAAAAGGUACAUGAUACAGAAACUAGGGGUGUGCAUUUCGGGUUUUCGGUGAUUCGGCUCGGGACCCGAGCCGAAUCACCUUUGUUCUGUUCUGUGUCCGAAUUUUGCUGACCCAAAUCACCCCCAAUUCGUUUCGGAUUCGGAUUUAAUCCGAAUCCGAAUCCGAAUCGAUUCGGAUCAGCAAAAAGGACU